AUGGUGUUGAUUGGUAAUGGGUUGGAUAAUUUGUUCUUGGCCGUGUGCUUCCUAUUGUUUGGUAUUCUACUCAUGGAUUCACAAGAUGAGAACCAAAGCUUCACUACACUCUUACAAUCGGGGUUGCAAAACUACCAAGAAAUUCCAUCUCAACCUAAAAUGAAAUCUACUAAAAAAACAAACUUCUUUAUUGAAGAAGACAUUCUACUAGUAAAGGCUUGGAUCAAUACUAGCACUAAUCCAAUUCAAGGGACUGAUCAAAAAGGUAGCAAAUUUUGGGAUAGAAUUUGGAAGGAGUAUCAUGAGAACAAGAAAGAAGACACAGUGGAACGUUCAGUUCAUUCUUUAUCUAAUUGGUGGUCAUCAAUUCAAAAGUUUACAAACAAAUUUUGUGGGUACUUGGCACAAGUUGAAACAAAGAAUCCAAGUGGUACUACUGAGCAAGAUAAGGAUAUGUACCGGGACGAAUACUCUAUUGGGUUUCAAUUUGAACAUUGUUGGAAAUUGUUGAAGACCUUGCCGAAAUGGAAGCAGUUGAAGCCAGUACUGAGAAAGAAAUCCAUAAGUCCUCCUCAACCUGUGAUACAUCUAGGUGAUGACAAUGAUGAUGAAAAUGAUAUUGUUGACUUGGAGAGACCUAUAGGCAAGAAGGCCGCGAAAGAGAGAGAGAAAAAAAUAAAGAGCAAAGAUUGUGGAGAUAAAGAGAUUAUGACAGAGGUUUUGACUGAAUUAAUGGAAGUGAAAAAAAGAUCAUAUGAGGAGAGAAUGAAAAUUAUUGAUACGGCAAAAGAAGAGAUUGUUCGUAUUGAGAAACAAAAGCUUGAGAUUGAACUUAGGAAAGAGGCAAGAGAACAAAAGAAAGAGGAAAGAGAAAUUAUGAUGAUGGAUACAAGCUACUUGUCAUCAAUUCAGCUUGAAUGUAUUCAAUCUCUCCAAAUGGAAAUCAUGCAGAAGCGUAGGACUAACUAG